AUGGCCAACAACGUUCUCCUAAGGAUAAUGGACAAUAACAUAUUAAUUGAAACCACCUUUAGGGAUUGGCUAAGAAAUAUCAGAAUUGUUCUGGAUUUCGAAAGGAUAGCUUAUGUCUUGGAAGCACCUCUUCCACUCGAUAUUGGACCCGAUGCUCCUCAAGAUGAGCGAGAUGUUCUUGAAAAAUGGAAAGAGGAUAGUAGGAGGGCUUGUAAUUACAUGCUUGCUUCAAUGAAUAGAGAACUUCAAACCAAGCAUGAAAAAGUUUCAAACGCUUAUGAUAUCCUCGCAGCUCUACAAGAGUUAUACAAUGAGAAUCCAAGAGUGGUUGAGUAUGAGUUGUGUGCUUCCCUUUUUAACAUGAAGCCGAGGGAAGGAGUACCUCCAAAUGAUCAUACAAUUCAGAUAAUCAAUGGAUUAGGACAGCCAGAUGUGUAUGGGGUGCUCAUGCCAGACUGCGUCAAAGUGAAUUUGAUUCCAUAA